CUGUGCAUGAAAGAUGUCCUAAUUAUUCUCGAUACAUCGCUUUCUGUCGAGGCGUAUUUCGAGAGAAAUAUGAAACCAUUUCUUAAGGAGCUCGUCACAGACAAAGAUCUCCAUGUUUCUAAAUUUGGUACACAGAUUGCGCUGAUGAUAUUCAGUGGGGAGAAAAAGACCAAGGUCUUGUUAAAGUUUGGAAAAAUUUAUGAUGCUGAUAAACUGGCGCAGUUUAUCGAGAAAUUGAAAUGGGAUGAUAUAAAAGGAGGUUUUACAAGAACUGAUAUCGCUUUUCAGAUAGCGAGUGAUAAGGUACAAAAUUAAUAACUUAAUGCCAUGAUUACUCCAUUCAUGAUUAUCCUUUAUUUAUGAAAUUGAUAAAUCAACUUUUUAUUUAAAUAUUUAUAUCAAAGAGUUGAGAAAUCUGUUUUUGAUUCAUAGGCAUAGCUCAGACUGAUCGCUUUUCUGGACUUCAUCAAUGCUAAUAACAGCCUGAUUGAACAUGACUAGGACUUGUAAAUUUAAACUUGUUCAAAACGUAGCCUUUAACUGAGAACACAACGUUCAGCAGCAAAUCGAUUACAUUCAAAGAAGAAGUGGAGCUCUGUUUCGUUUGCUAAACCACAACUACACAUUGGUGAGGCCACACAGUUCAUCAGGAACAAACGAUAAUUUAAAAUACUAUUACGUAAGCGAAAUCGAGUAUGCAAUAAAGAAGCCAUGCGAUUUCCAGUGAUAAAUAAAGUAUUACGUAUUAUUACGUUAUUUUUUAAUUUAUUGUGCCGACAUUUUCGAAACAGGUGUUCACUAAAAACAAUCCAGGAAACAAUAGACCUGGUGUGCCAGACGUUGUGGUAAUUAUCACCGAUGGAGACCCUUAUGCAGGAAAUAUUGACAAUGUUUUGGAAAAAACAAUGGCAAAUGCAAGCGUCAUCAAGGAGAAAGGGAUCCAGAUUGUCGGAGCCGCGGUAGGGAAUGAGGCGAUGAGAGCGAAACUAAGACCCAAAUUGGAAGCGAUGGCUACGUCAGCGGAAUUCGUUGUCGAGGCUGACUUUAAAGAUAUCAAAACGAUUCGUUCGAUGCUGAUUUCGAAAACCUGUACGCCACCAGGUAAGACCGGAACAUGUUUAGCCUGACUAAGGAAAUUAAUGGCGAAAUGAUAUCGAUAUUUGAUAUCGCACUCGCGUAAAAGUUUCAGAACCGGCCAAUCAGAUGUGCAAGUUAACUACUAUAGGUGUACAAAAAAGCGCAUAAUUCUAAAAUUUCCGCUGAACUGAAAAUUACGCAAAUUUUGUGACAACUUUAUGUUACUAUGAGUAUAUAGUUUGAACUCUCCUGGUAUCUCUAUGACAAUAUUAGUCUGAAAAGUAAAUAUAUAAGAGUAUGCAUGGUAGAAAAGUAAAAAUAUAAGAGUUACAACGCAAUUUUAAUUCAUAGGGUGCAAAUUUGUAUUUAUAAACCAUGAAAGUAGUAAACAUUCAAUUUAAUGUGCGUUAUGUCUUACGCGCGACAUUUAAAACUUGGACUUUCUUGCCAACCAAAAUUGUGUUUCAAAUCUUCCAUUUUUGUGCGCUAGCCAUUCAUAUAAAGUGGUUUGGAAAAACAGCCCUGGUGCCGGGUGCGCACUCGAAAAUUUGCUUAUUUUAUUCAGAAUAAUUUUGUGAUAGAGAUAGCUACCAGAAGACAUCAAAUUACCCAUAAAGUUGCUCAAUUUGCCUCAGUUGAACUGCCUUUGCCAGUGCAUAUAUGUAGUGCCAAUAAAAUGAACAAGCUUUCGAAUUCGUUGGUAGGGAUGCAUGCAACAACCUAGCCUGCGAACAGGCUCUCAAGCUGAAUCAGUGAACUGUAAAUAACCUGUAAAUUAUUUACAGUUCACUGAGCUGAAUUGAGAGCCUGCAUCGAUGACUAAUGAAUUUAAAUAUCUGCCCCGUAACGUUCGCUUUUCCAAAUAUGGAAUGUCUAUCCUUAUAUGGUGUUGUUUACAACUUUCGUGCAAACUAAAUUUAGACCGUGCAAACUAAAUUUAUACCGUACAGUUUAUACUGUUUUUCGAAAUAUAAGAUAUUCAAGCAAAAGUUUAAAUGUUUUAAAUACUGUUUUCUCAAAACAGAACAUUUCGUGCUUUGAGAUAAGAUGGCCAAGACCAAUUUGAUCAGUUAAUGUGUUUUUUAUGCAUAGUGCUUCAGCAGUUGACAUAUAUAGAGCUCAGCGGAAACAUAUAAAUUAUAGCAUCUGACCAAUGAGAAUUUCGCGUCACGAUUUGAGACGCAGAUAUUCAAAUUCAUUAGUCAUCGAUGCAGGCUCUCAAUUCAGCUUGAGAGCCUGUUCGCAGGCUAGCAACAACCUGCCCUAUACUGAUCAGUAUUUUUGCUAUUUUUUUCAAAAGUGGAACGAUGCGUAUGUCGUUCGACAACUUCAAAAACCUAUUUGAUAAAACCCGGACAAUCCAAAGCGACCGCAACUUGGCCUGUGCCACAAUACUCUUGCGGUGCAAGAACGAGGGAAACGACGAUGGUUGAACCAAACGUGCAGUCACCUCAUGCAUUCCCUCGUGGUGAUCAUAUUAUCAAGUAUACGUUUAAGUUUGAAGGUGGUGUAGACGUCGUAUGUCCAGUAACAAUAAUUGUAAAAGGUGAGGAUUAUAACUGAGAAAUUCCGAACAAAAAUUAUAUAUACAAGUUAGACCUGAGCAUCUGCAAAAAUGAAACCAUAGGCCCUCUGCGAUCUCGGUCAUAUCAUAGUCACCAUACAUUACCAUAUCAUCAUACCAUACCAUACUGUACCUUACCAUACCGUACCAUACCGUAUCAUACCAUACUAUACCAUAUUGUACCAUACCAUACUAUGCCAUACCAUAUCAUACCAUACCAUACCAUGCCAUACCACACUAUACCACACCUUACUAUACCGUACCAUACCACAGUGAAUGCAACCAUACCAUGCAUGCUAUACCAUACCAUAUAUACCAUACCAUACCAUACCAUACCGUACCAUACCAUACCAUACCACACCAUCCCAUCCCAUCCCAUACCAUACCAUACCAUACCACACCAUACCAUAUCAUACCAUAUCACACCAUACCAUAUCAUACCAUACCAUACCAUACCAUACCAUACCAUACCAUACCAUACCAUACCAUACCAUACCAUACCAUACCAUACCAUACCAUACAAUACCAUACCAUACCAUACCACACCACACCAUAUCAUACCAUACCAUACCAUAUACCAUACCAUACCAUACCAUACCAUACCAUACCAUACCAUACCAUACCACAAAUAGGAGACUGUUCUCUCAAGUAGUAUAGAUUACAGAAUUAGUUUAUUUCUCUAUGGGUUUACAGGAAAGAUGUGCGGUGAGAAAGCUUUCGAUUCAUGCAAACAAGAUUGCUGUUGUGGCACGAUUCAUGAUCAUAUGCCUGGAUUCAAGUGCUGUGGUCCAAAGUACUACAAUCCAGCUGAUUAUAAAUGCUGUGAUUAUGCUCAUCUCGUUUCCAGCCAGAAAUCCUGUCCGAUCUAUUAA